UUCUUCACAUCACAGUGGCUGCAGUGCAGUGAAGCCUUCACCCUUUCUUCUCCACCGCCCUAGUAUAAUAUUUAGUGCAGCCCUAUCGCCGCUGCUGCUACAGUAGUGACCAGUGCUACUACUAGUAUACUUCUCUGCAUCCUCCUCCCCUUCUUCUGCUUCUUCUUCCUCCUCGAUCUCCUUCCCUUUGCAGCCAGCAGCCAUAUCUCUGCCAGCCUGCGAGCCAGCCUAGUACAAUCUUACUCUUUCUCUCUCUCUUGCUGCUUAGCUAGCUAGCUCGAGGGAGCUGAGCUAGCUAGCUUCACCUUUCUUUUCUUUCCUCUUUUCCUCACCUCCAUCUUUCCAGUUAGCUUAGCUUAAUUAGCUAGCUUGUGGAUGCCAUGGCGCCGUCUCUCUCAUAGUCUCGUGCACGCGCACCGCCUCCACUAGCUCCGCCGGACUACCUAGCAGGAGGGACAGCGAAAGAUUUCGUCUUUAAUUUUGUUGGCAUGCAGCAGCAGCAGCAGCCGGGCAUGCCGCCAUUCUCGGCCGCCGGCGAGGCGGCGUCGCCGAUCAGCAGCCGCCCACCGGCAGCGCAGCAGCAGGUGGAGGAGCAGCUCGGCGGAGCCAACGGGCCGGGCUCCGGGAGCUCGCUCGACCACGACGGGCUCGCCGGCGAGGACGGCGACCGGGGCGGCUCGUCGGCCGGCAACCGGUGGCCGCGGCAGGAGACGCUGGCGCUGCUCAAGAUCCGGUCGGAGAUGGACGCCGCGUUCCGCGAAGCCGCCCUCAAGGGCCCCCUCUGGGAGGAAGUCUCCAGGAAGCUCGCCGAGAUGGGGUACACGAGGAGCGCCAAGAAGUGCCGGGAGAAGUUCGAGAACGUCGACAAGUACUACAAGCGCACCAAGGACGGCCGCGCCGGCCGCGGCGACGGCAAGGCCUACCGCUUCUUCACCGAGCUCGAGGCGCUGCACGGCGCCGCGGCGUCGUCGCGCCACCAGCAGCAGCCGCCGCCGGCGGUGUCUCUGGCCCCGGCGCCCGUGGCCGUGGCGCCGCCGGCCACCCCCGUCGGCGGCGGGUCAGGUGGUCUCUCGGCCUUGCGCGUCCCCGUCGCAGCGCCGCCGCCUGUCGUGCUGCAGCCGGCGCCGAGGGUGACUACCUAUAGUACUGCUCCAGUUGCUGGCCAUGCCAUGGAUGCGGCAGCGUGCGUGAUGACGAUGGAUGACGUGAGCUUCUCGUCGGGGUCGGACACGGAGGAGACGGCGGAGGAGGGUGGGAAGAGGAAGCGGCGAAGCAGCGGCGGCAAGGCGAUGAGGAUGUUCGAGGGGCUGAUGCGGCAGGUGAUGGAGCGGCAGGAGGCGAUGCAGCAGCGUCUUCUCGAGGCCAUCGAGCGGCGCGACCAGGAGAGGAUGAUCCGGGAGGAGGCGUGGCGGCGGCAGGAGGUGGCGCGCCUCGCCCGCGAGCAGGACGCCCUCGCCCAGGAACGCGCCAUUGCCGCCUCCCGCGACGCCGCCGUCAUCUCCUUCAUACAGAGGGUCACCGGCCAGUCCAUCGCCGUCCCGCCACCGCUGCAGCCGACGCCGGUCGCCUCCGCCGCGCCGGCGCCGGCACCGCCGCAGCAUCAGCAUCAGCAACCGCCACCGCAGCCAGUUCAGCCCCACAUAAUGCCGAUGACGCCACAGCCCCAGCCCCAGCUCCAACCACAGCCGCAGAGCAAGGAGCUCACCGCUGUCCGGGCUCCGCCGGAGCUGCACGACAUGGCGGCGUCCGGAGGCGGCGGCGCGUCGUCGUCGAGGUGGCCAAAGGCGGAGGUGCACGCGCUGAUCCAGCUGCGCACGGAGCUGGAGGCGCGGUACCAGGACGCGGGGCCCAAGGGCCCGCUCUGGGAGGACAUCUCGGCGGGGAUGCGGCGGCUGGGGUACAGCCGGAGCUCCAAGAGAUGCAAGGAGAAGUGGGAGAACAUCAACAAAUACUUCAAGAAGGUGAAGGAGAGCAACAAGAAGCGCCCCGAGGACUCCAAGACCUGCCCCUACUACCACCAGCUCGAGGCGCUCUACCGCAGCAAGGCGAACGCCGCCUCGCCGGCCGCCGGUGCCGGUGCAGCGCCGCCGGUCACCGUGCUCGCGGCGGUGCCGCUCUCGCAGACGGCGCCGCAGCCGCACGUGGAGCACGGCAGCAACGGCGCCAACGGGAAUGGGUGGGCGAGUAGAGCCGCCGCCAGCGCAAACAACGGCGGCAGCUCCGGGGGCAUGCAAACGAAGGCCAGCAACGGCACGGCAGCGGCCGGGUUCCCCGUCGUCGAAGGCGCCGGCGCCGGCGGCAACGGCGUGGCGUCGGAUAACAAGGGAUCGAAGCAAGAAUCCGUCGUGAAGGAGACGGCGGCGGCGGCGGCGGAGCAGAGGCAGCCGCAGCCGUUGGCCAUGAACCACAACUACGGUAACGACAGAAUGGCCGACGACAUGGACAGCGACAGCAUGGACGAGGACGACGACGAAUUUGACGACGACGAUGAGGACGACGACAUUGGCAGUGGCAAGAUGCAGAUGCAGUACGAGACGUCGUCCCAUUUCCAACGGCCGCAGAUGCAGCAGAACCAGACCGUCGUCGUCCGGCCAAACGGUGGUGGCGGCGGCGGCGGUGCCCCGACGCCACCACCGGCGGGCCCUCCGCCGCCUGCGGCAACAAGUGGGACGUCCUUCCUGGCCUGCGUCCAGUGACGACGACGUACGCUAGCAACACAGCGACAUAUAUACACCAAAAAAUGCUCAGGUGGUGGUGAUCUCGAUCUCGAUCUACUAUCUCCUGUACCAUAUGGACCUAAGCUAGCUAGCCAGCCACCACUUGCAUUGUUAACUCCUACACUACACUAUAUAUCUCGAUCGAUCCAUAGUUAGAGCAUACGCUUUGUGAAACCUAAAAGCCAAAAGUUUACUGUUCCUGCCUAGAUUCCAAGUUCCAACAAUCUGAUCAUUUUCCGUAUAUUUAUCCUCCUGCACAUACAUUGUUUAUCGUCGUAUACACCUUGUACAUGUCACACACACUCACCAUGUCCAUACAUACAUAAAUGGUAUUGGGGGACCUCCAGGAGAGAAAGAGAGAUCUAGCUAGAGAGAAACUAAAAGGAGGUGAGAUAUGAUCUUGUACAUGUGAAGGGUUUUGCGUACGUAGGUACGUGUCCGUUUUCUCUUUAGUGCUGUAUUACCAGUGGAUUUGCUCAAGUGCUACAAGCUACGUACGGCAACUGAGAGAAAGGCAUGAUCAUGCAUUUUUUUUUCUGGGUAUACUUUUCGAUGUCUUUUUUUUUCUUUUACAAAAUUUACUGUGUUAUGUGUUAUGCAAGUUAAUUUUCUUUCCCAUACUGUUGUCGAAUUGUACACUUGGUAAUUGUAAAAUCAUUGAGGUUAAUAUUAUAUGCGGGCACAUUA